AUGCUCAUCAUGCGGCUCACGUUAGACGGAUCCUUAUGUCAGCAAGAGGCUAUAAUGUCGCGCGGCCGUGCGUGUCGCGGCCACCAUGGUACCAACUCCGCAUGCCGCGUUAACACGCAUUACCCACGCAUAACAUUAACGCAAGAAAUCUGCAUCACUUGCAUAAUGACAACUGUCAAUUUUCCACUUGUGGUGCUUGGCACCGUUGUCACAGGAUGUGCCAAUUCGCUCUUCAGCAAGUACCAAGAUAACCAAUGCGUACGGAAUUGUGAUGGACCUGUGGCAGAUCAGCAUUUCUUUGAGCAGCCAGCACUUCAAACUCUUCAAAUGUUUGUUGGAGAAUUGGCAGUGUAUAUAGUGUAUAAGUACAUGUAUAGCUCGAAACGUCCGCAACCUCAAGUGGGAGUUCCUGCCGAGGAAUUGAGCUUGUCAGAGUCGUUGAAGCUCGCUAUACCGUCGAUAUGUGAUUUAUGUGCCACAACUAUGCUCAAUGUGGGGUUGUUAUACACUCCAGUUUCAGUGUACCAGAUGAUUCGAGGGUCGUUGGUUUUAUUUGUAGCGUUGCUUCUGGUGGUAUUUCUUGGUCGCAAGAUCACCAGAAUUGAGUGGACGUCACUUUUCUUGGUGACAUUGGGAAUUGCAUUGGUGGGAUUGAGUGGUUCUAGUAAUGCAGAUGGUGCUGAUUCCGGCAAUAUCAACAAACCUCCAUCUUUGGUGGCUGUUGGAAUAUCACUUAUUGUCGUCGCAGAGCUCUGUCAAGCCGUCCAGUUUGUUGUGGAAGAACAUAUUUUGGGUGCUAAAGAUAUCGUUCCGCUCAAAUUGGUUUACCUUGAAGGAUUUUAUGGGUGUACAAUUUUGCUUUUUGUUUUAAUUGUACUCAAUUUUGUGGUUGGCGCCUUGCAAAAUCCAAAAGAUUUCACUGAGUCUCCGUUCAACAUUCGAGAGUCGUUUUCCCAAAUGUUUGGCAAUGGAAUAGUGCUUUUUUCAUCAAUUAUGAUUAUGGUUUCUAUUGCAGCUUUCAAUUAUUUCGGUAUAACUUUGACCCAUAUUCUGUCUGCGACCGCCCGGUCCACCAUUGAUGCGUGCAGAACACUUUUGGUGUGGAUUUUGGCACUAUUCUUUGGCUGGGAAUCGUUUCUUUGGUUGCAAAUGUUUGGGUUUGUCUUGUUGGUACUUGGAACCUUGGCUUUCAACGGAGUUAUACACCCGGAAACCUGGCUGUGGGUGCCUCAAUGGUUUAAAAAGAACAGCCACCACGUCCCAAUUGAGGAACCAUUGCUUGCGUAG